GUAUAACAAAAAGUCAAAAAAUGAAAAAAAAGAAGUCUCCAAUUCCAAUCUCCAUCUCCCCUCGCACUUUUUUGAAAUUUGAAAAAGACGCUUAAAAUCCCGCCUCUCUCUUCCGGCCACUCUAUUUCUUCCACCGUCAAAUCUGGCAAAUUCAGAGAAAGCUCGAACCAGCAUUUUAGCAAUUUUUUUCUUCUGAUUUCGUCUCAUAAAUUUGAACUCCGGCGCUGAGUUUAUUCAGCUCCUUUGCAUUUGGAUCUGCAGAUUCUCGUUGUCGUCAUCAAUUUUCCCUUUCCGUCAAAGAAAUGGACUCUCUACCCGAUGCUCUUGUCCAUUACAUUCUAUCACACAUAACCAAUGCCAAAGACGUGGCGUAUUCCUCAUGUGUUUCCAAACGUUGGAAGGAAACAAUGCCACUGAUUCGGAGCCUUUUCUUCCCCCGCAAUCUCUUCGAAAACUUCAAGAAUGGAAAUUCUGAUGCUGUCAUAGGGCAGAUGAUCUCAUCUGUUGAGAGACUAGAGUCACUUUGUAUCUACUGCCCUUUCUCCGGGGUCAGCCUUGCUUCAUGGCUUUCCCUCGUGGGCCCAUCCCUACGGAGCCUUGAGCUGCGUAUGGACAACCUAGCUGAACAACAAAAUCAGUCCAAGUUGGAUUCCAUAAGAGAAGCAUUCAAUGUGGAGUGUUUGAAGCUCUGGGGCGUGCUUAUGAAACAUACCCCCAAGUGGGACGCUUUCCAUAGGCUUAAGAUUCUUGAAAUAGUUGGGGCUAAAGCUGAUGAUGUGGCAAUUUCUGCUGCAUUGAGGAACUGUCCGAAUUUAACGCAACUUCUGCUGUUAGGGUGUGAGGGGCCAGAGUCUGUAGUAAUUGAACUCCAGUAUCUUGAGCGUUGCAAGCUUGAUUUCUAUGGGGCUGGUAACUGCACACUGUCUCUUAAUUGCCCAAAGCUUGAAGACCUAGAGAUACAAGGGUGCAGUUGGAUUAGAGCGUGCGAGAUGAAGUUCUUGAGGAAUCUUACAAUUGCCAACAAUGGAGGGAGAGUUUAUAUGGUAGAUCUUGGAAAGCUUGUAGCUCUUGAGACCUUAGCCAUGAGGGGGAUCCAAUGGAGCUGGGAUGCUACAAGCAAAUUGCUUCAAAUGGCCAGUGAAGUGAAGCAACUCUUCAUGAAAGUGGAAUUCACUGGGGACUUUGAAGCACUCUUGCCUUUCCCUGAAGUCGAUUUUGUUGACUUCUUCAAUAACCACCCCAAGCUCCAAACAUUUGACAUCCAUGGUGCUAUGUUCGCAGCACUAUGCCAAAAGAACAGCCUAAAAAACUUGGAUUCCAAGUUUGUGAUUCCGUGCCUGGAAAAGGUUGUGGUCACAGUGAGAUCUCCACUCAAUGCAGAGCAGAAAAUGAGCACUCUGGAGUCAUUGUUGAGGUACUCCAAGAAUUUGAAAAGAAUGACAAUAAAGAUUCUUCAGAUGAAAAGCAGCCACAGCAGCUCUGAUGAAUUCUUUGAGGAUAUAUGCAGAUUCAGACAUAUGAACCGCAAGGUUGUAUCCAUUGAGUAGAGGAUACUCGUUUCAAUUCUCCCCAUGGGAGGGACAUCAUUCUUAUUCUCCAUCAUCAAUAAAGGUUCUUAAGGCCC